CUUUUGCACCGGAAGCGGGAAAUUCGAGAGUGUAAACAAAUAAAUUUUGUAUUUUUGACGACAAGUAUUUAGCACUCCUUAAUCAUGGCAGCCAAGGGCCCAUCAGGUGUCGAUGCACAGGAGAUGUUUGAGCGAAUGGGAAAGAAGCUUGGCUGGUUCCAGCAUGGAAGUCUUGAAAAGGCAAUGCAUUCGUUGUCAGAAAGUGCUAAAAAGAAAAGGCCAACUGUAAAAUCCAAAUUACAAAGUGGAACAAAAGAAGGCAUUGUAAAAACAGGCCAUAUAGAUUCAAACAGUGACAAGAAGAAAUUGAAGCCAAAGCAGCUGACCUCAAACACCAACCACCAUUGUCCAGUGACAAAACCAAACCUAAAGAAUAAAGUGUUUGUUUCUGCAGCCAAUAGUUUCAAUGAUAUUCUAUCAUCUGACAGUGAUGAAUUAGUAUCUGAUGAAGAGAAAGAAAAUGUGCUUAAACCUUUACCAAAAUUUUCUAAAAUCAAGCUUACAGGCAAACAACUCAAGCCAAAGCCUGCAAAGGCUGGUAAAUCAGUUUUGAAGCUGUGUAGUGAUUCUGAAGAAGAGGAAGUAGAAAAGAAAACAGACAAGAGUCCUGAAAAGUAUGAGGUUGAGAUUCUGGAGGAAACAGAUAUUCCAGAGUCUCCAGAAAACAAUGGCAGAUCAAGAACAAGUGAUUUGUAUGACUAUACCAUUAUCAAAAAUAGAGAGUCAAUUGCCUCAAUGACGUUUAAUUUUGAUAAUCUUGGUGAACCUUUGGUGGAGUCGACUAGGAUUCAUAGACGAAGUAGUCCUGGUUUUAAGGAAUUAGUGGACAAUCUGAGUAGUUCGACAAAUAGUUCUAAUAAUGACUCUAAUUUGACAUUGUCUGAUUGUGGUGUGAAGGCAAAUGUUCCAGAUGCUAUUAAUGUCAGUGUAGAACUAUGUGAGACUUUCAAUGAUAUUAAAUUAAAGAGAAAAGACUAUAAUCUUGAUAGUUCAAAUGAAGAUUGUAUUGAAGACACUAGAUACAUGACAGCAGUUGAAAUUUUGGAUGCAGGUGAUUCACAUCUUAGACAAACAGAAACUAACAAAUAUUGUGCAGAGGAAGAAAAGGUGAAUGUCUUGAGUUAUGAAAAAACAAACAGUCUGGGAAAAGGGUGUGAUACAAAUAUUUUGGAUAAAGUUGCUCCUGUUAAAUUGAACAUCAUUCUGGACAGUAGUGACAGUGAAGAAGAGAUGGUGGAAAUUGUUGAUGUUGCUGUGCAGACAGAAGAUGAUUGUCAGAUGGGUGAGAAAGAAUGCGAGUCUGAUGAUAUUAUACCAGAAGAUGUAAAUGAUAAUGAUGACCUUACUUGCUGGAGCAAAACUGUCAAUGUUUAUGGUGAAAAGACAAUUGAUAGUAGUCCUGUUGGUGAAGUAAUUGCUGUAGAGGCUGAUGUAUAUGAUCAAGAGACUCAGAUUCAUGAUGUUGAGAAGCUAAAGCACAUUGAGUCAGAGGAAAAGGUUUAUCAGAGCAAUACAUUGCAAGACGCAAAUGAUGUUGAAAGCUGUGUAACGGUAGUGGAUGGAGAUUUUGAAAAAGGAAGGAAAUAUCUUGAUGAUACUAAAGAAUCUAUGUAUUAUGAUGUGGAAAAUGAUGUCUAUGAAAAUCCUACAAAAUGUGAUAUGACUUCUGGAACUGACUCUGACUUAUAUGAGCCGGAAACUAUUGAGAAAGACACAGAGGUUGAAGCUGACAAUACAGAUGAUGCUCUUUGUAGUGAUGAAGAAGAAGAGAGGGCAGAGACUGUUGAUGACUCAGAUGGUGAUGAGGGAAAUGCCAUUGAUAGAUCAUAUGAUACAGAGUCUUCAGAGAAAAGUGAAGUUGAAGUUAUUGAUGUUGCUACACAGACUCCUCAAAGUUUUACAAGAACUGGAAAUACAAAGAAAAGUUCAGAAAAUGGGGAAGACUCGAGUGAAAAUUCUGUUGCCAUGGAGGCAGCCAAUAUUUCAGACAAUGAAAGUUCAACAAACACUGAUACUGAUAGGACUGGUAAUCACUCUAUAGAUAUUAAGCAAGACAAUACUGACGGCAACAAGCGAAUGCAUGGGGUAAACGAUUUAAAGGGUCAAGGAACAGAGUACAGCUUUGCUAGUAUUGCAAAAGAAAAAACGAACAGUGAAGCUUUUAUGCCUGAAGAGAUGGACACUACAAAACCAAGCUUCAGAUCUCGGAGGAAGUUGAGCAGUGAUUCCAGUGGUGAGGAUGACCUUGAAGCAUUUUUUCAGAAAUUAAAGAAACCAGACAAUCCAGGGAAAUAUGAGAAUGAAGAGGAGUCUGAGGCCAGCUCCAUGAGCAUGGAUGAGUUCAUCGUUGAAGAUGACGAAGAGAUCAGCUGUGAGAGUGACGCUGACGAAGAUGAUGCCUUUUACCUUAGAGAGACUCAACGAAAAGAGCAACAGGAGCUGCGUAAAAUAGAGAGUCGAUACAGGGGGCAGCAUAUGCAGGAUGAUGGGGGGUCAGAUGAUGAUGAAGAUGACGAUGAUGUAUACUCUCCUGGAGAAGAAAGCGAUGAUAGUGACAGCGACUUCUCUUCUAAGGUGUACCCUCCAAGUGUGACCAAGCAAAAGAAGCAGAAAUACAAAGUGAAGGCCAAGGUUGAUCCUGUCUCUUUCUGUAUCAGCUCAGACAGUGAAAGCGAUGAUCUACCUGACAUUCUAGAAACAAGGCAUCAUACUGGCAGUGGCACUCAACACAAAAGCGAGGGUGGCACGCAACGCAAGAAGAAAUCUGACAUAAGCAAAGAAAGCAGUGUCACCGGAAUAUCAGACAGUAGUAGAAAUUUGGUAAACGACAACGAUGACAGCAGUCUCUUCAAAACCCCUAAUGUUAUAAAAAAGAAGGGUAAUAGUAAGUCUGGAACAACUCCUAAGACUAGUGAUAAAGGGAAACCUGGAAAGGUUUCUUUCAAUGAGUUUAUUUCCUUGUCCAGUGGCAGCGAUUCCGAUGACUAUAUGGUUGAGGUGAGCACUGGUAGCGUGUCCAGUGGCAGCGAUUCCGAUGACUAUAUGGUUGAGGUGAGCACUGGUAGCGUGGGAGCUUCCUCAGAUAAUUCUGUGUUCAAAACACCAAAGUUGCCUGGCAAAGGGACAAAAUCAAAGACCACUACUCCCAGAUUAGGUUUACCAGAAUCAAGAACUUCUGGAUUGUCAACGGAUUCUGAAGCAGGGAGAUUUACUCCAUCCCACUCAAGGAAGACUUAUACCUUCUUGGAAUCCCUCUCUAAUACUGUGCCUGAUGAUUGUAGACAUCCUGAGGCCAAAAGGUAUGUGUCUGGCUUCAAGAAGCUGAAGGAAGAGCUGACCAAGCAUCUAUACAGCAUGUUUAACUGCACAGUGUUUGAGGGAAAGUUGCCAGCAGACAUGAGAGUAGAAUGGAACAAACGCCUUCUCAAAACAGCUGGCUUUUGUGCGUACAAGAAAAUCAGGAAAACUGAGGAGCGGACAGCUCGUAUAGAACUCUCGGACAAAGUGUGUGACACAGCAGACAGGCUGAGAGAUACGCUCAUACAUGAGAUGUGCCAUGCAGGAUGUUGGCUGAUCAACGGCGUGAAUGGAGGUCAUGGGCCCUUUUGGAAAUACUGGGCCCGCCAGUCAACCAAGAUUUACCCAGAACUUCCAGCUGUCACUCGGUGCCAUAGUUAUGCCAUCAACACAAAAUACACUUACAGAUGUAAAACAUGCCAAUAUAGCAUAGGACGUCAUUCAAAGUCUAUGGAUCUGAAGAAGUGGAUGUGUGGUAAAUGUAAAGGCCAGUUUGAGCUGCUUGUCAACCUCAAGCCCACGACGCCAGGCUCCGCACAAACUGCUGUCCCUACCACGCCUCGAACACCCAACAGAUUCGCUUUGUUUGUGAAAGACAAUUAUAAGGUCGUGAAGCAACGAAACCAGGACUUGAAACAUGGUGAUGUUAUGAAGGAACUUAGUAAAAUGUUUGCUGAGAGCAAGAUAUCUUCUUGAAGCGUGUUGAAAGUUUGUACAGAAACCAUCAUAAUUGUGAAUGACAUGUAUCUUUUCUCACUAUGUUUAGUUUCCAUGGAAUUUUAUUAAUACAUUGUACAAUGAUUAGUGCACUAAUUUUCUUCAGAAUGCAAUAAAAGACAAAAAAAACUUUUA